CGUUCAUGAACGGAAUCGUUCGUUCUCCGUUCAUAUGGCCAUAACAGGGGGACAGAGGGCUGAUUAUGUACGAUAUUUUUAGAGCGCAGUCACACGGAGGCGGAGCACAGAUGCUUCACGGCCAAGGAUGCGAGUGUCAAACAGCAGGUGGAGACUGACUGCUGAAGGAAAGAACCAGACGAGAACCGACCACAGAAUCUCAAACACAUUUGAUGAGGAAGAGGGGAAAUAGCAAUGACCUGAUAUGCUUUAAACGAGUGGGACCUGAUAACGUGAAUCAUGGUGGACCCAUUGGAACCUGAUGACCUGAGUAAAUUCAGAGGGGCCCAGUUUGAAAGCCCUGCUGCAGCCUCUGAAGCACCAUGUCUACCUGAGCCAGGUGAUGAUAGCGAGAAAGAUGUUAGUGUGGAUUCCAGCCCACAGACAGAGCCCAGUACUGAACCUAGUCAACCAGAAGAGCUAAAACUACAUCUGGACCUUUACAAUUUUGACUCGCCAGCUGCAGAAGGCAGCCGGUAUGUACUGACAAGCCCUCACUCUCUUGAGGCAUGUGCACACUGUGGAGUGAAACCUGUGGAGCUUCUGACUCGUCCGCUGUCUGAUUUUGCCCGUGAGGCACCCGGCCGGAGUAUGCGUGUCGCCACAGGAAUGUUUGAGAUAUAUGAGCGGGAUAGACAUGCUAAACUCCGACACUGCAGAGAGGAGAGAGAACGGAUUAUCAGCGAGGAGAAGAGGCGAAUUCUGCAGGCAGCUCUCAACAAUAAUCUUGGUCCACUGGCUUCAGAGAAGUCACAGGAAACUGUAAAUGCUGGAUUGUCUCAACAAACCAAUCACAGUUUAACAAAUCCAGCCCCCAAAAUAACACCUACUUGCAGCGGUGCACCUAAAAAACAAUCUACAUCAACUACCCCUAAAAGCACGACAGCAGGGUCAGGACAAGUUAUUACAGUGUCCACAUCCAACUCUCCACCAAAAGUCAGUCCAGUGAACUCUGCUCCUACCGUUAAAGGAAAUUCUGCAAAAAAGUCCCUUGAAGUAGAAUCUGGGGGAAAACCUCAAGGUCCAAAACCUUCAAUAGUCCAACGAUCAAUUCAGUCAGCUCCAGGAGGUCAGGGCUCAAAAAAACCCUCUAGUGCUCAUACAAAGGCUCCAAAUACUUUCCCCAGAUCAAUAACAAAACCGUCUUCCUUUCCAAGGACACCAACUUCACUUGCCCCAAUAGUGUCAAAAUCUGCUGUCCAAAGUCCUGCCAAUGGCAUCACAAGUACAUUUGCACAGCAUAAUGGGCACAUCAUCUCCAAAUCAAAGGUUAGAUGCAGAAGCCACUCAUUGGAGUCUUUGCAACGCAGACGUGACACGUUUUGUUCCUCUACUGCUUCAACAACAAACACUACAACUACCACAUGUACUUCCUCUGAAUCUGCUUCCUCAUCCUAUAGCUGGGAUGGGGCAAGAGAUCACUGGGCUAAGACAUCAAGUCCUCGUGCCCGCACUUUAGCUACCUUUAACUCCCUAAUUGGUCGCAGUUUGAGCUUGGGAGACCUUAGCCACUCUCCACAGACUAUGCAAAAAGUGGAGCGCAUUGUGAAAGAGGUGAAACGACGGGGACUUAAAGCAGUCCCAGAACGAGACCGAAAGAUUGCUGCACUAAUGCUAGCCAGGUACCAAGAGGAGGACAUAAUGAGCCAGACACGCUACGUAGCACACCUGCAAUGGGACAGUGAGCGCAGACUAGAGGAGCUACGAAGGGAACGUGAAGAACGGGAGAAACAGAGGGCUGUGCAGCAGUGCCAGCGUGCAUGGCAGUCACAAGUUUCUACCCGGCAGCGCUGGCUUAACCAGCAGGAGCGUGAGGCUGCAGAAGCGAAACUUCGGCAAGCAUUGGAAACUGAGGAGCGUUGGAAGGAAUUGGCUGAGCAACAAGAACGCAGCCGGUUGCAGAAACUGCAACAGACUGCUCGUGAGGAGAAACACAAGAAGGCAUUACAAGAACAGAACCUUAAAGCACUGGAGGAGGAGCGAGCUGCUAUUCUUGAGCAAGAGAAACUGCUCCUUAAGGAAAAACUGACCAUUGCUGAGUUGAAGCGACAGGAGCGAGAGCAUCAAAUUCAAGAGGAGCGUCGUGGACUCAACCGUGCCGAGAAGAGGCGCCAUGCAGCUCUUAUCCAAGAGAUUGCACGCAGAGAAGUGGACGAGCGUGAAGAAGCACAGAGAAUAGCUGAAGAGAAGCUAAGUAGGUCUUUGGAGAACUAUGAGCAAAUACAAGAAAAACGUGGGCAAGAGUUAAAGGAGAAAGCUAAGCGGGAAGAGAAGCAGAUCCAGAAAGCAAGACGGGCCGCUGAACUACGUGAGCAACAGCAGAAGGAACAGAUGGAGGCAAGGGCUAGGGAGGCCGAAAGACGAGCACAACAAGCCACUCAAAUAGCUGAAGACCGGGCGCGGGAGAAGGCCCAACGUGUGGUGCAAAGCAGGCAGGAAAAAGAACGACUCCAAAGGCUUAACCGUCAACGCGUAGAGGAGGAGGAGAAACAGCGUCGCCUAGAAUUGUUACAGUCCAUUGAGCGCAAACUGGAAAAAAGUGAACAGAUUUUCAGAGAAAAACGUGCAGUCUUGGAAAGUGCCCGAUCCGUGGCGCGUGCAUCUUUCCACGUGCGGGAUCGCGUUCGGGAAGAGACAAACAUGCGCACCUUUGACAAGAUGGCCCUGGAGGCUCAGUUAAAAGCAAAUUUAGUUGAGAAGUGAGCACUUCAACUGUGCAACUUAACUGCUCUUUCCAUGCACAUCUGUCUAGAAAUAAGCUGUGCUUGAGCCUACAUGCUAGCCUCAUCACCAAACUACAGCAACAAUAAUGAUGGUCAUGCCCUCAAGUGUUGUAUCUAAAGAUUCAUUUAUUCCUGAUGCUGGAUCAUUUUCAUCAUGUCAUAUAAAUAAAUAUUUUUUUGUAUUCAUAUAUUUUAAAUGUUAAUCUAAGAACUUUGUGCUGAUGUAUGUAUGAUUAUGUGUCGGGGCAUGAUUGUUUUUUUGUAACUUGGCAGCCGUGUUGCUUUGAGAACUGUAUAUUAAGAGUUAAUUGUUUACAAGGAGGUUUGGCACUGUGGCAACAGUGAUGGCUUCUUUCUAAGGGUAGCUUUAUUCCUUAGAAGAAGGACAAGAAAAGGGGAUGGGAUGUUUCUCCCAGAGUAAAUCUUUUGAGGGAGACUCUUGUUUUAGAAAUCUUGGCCGUUGGAGAGUGAGCCAUGACUUGACUGUGUGUAAACCAAACUCUAGCUAAAUGCUGACCCAGCAUUACAUCCUAGAGUCAGGACAUGACAAAGAAUGAUCUCAGCACAGUGUAACUGCUGAUGAAGCACAGGAGUCUUUGGUCAGCAACAGACCCAUCAGGGCUCAAAUCCAUACUGACAUCCCCUGCAUUCCCUUCAGGUGUGCUUAUUUAUUUUAUUUUCUCACAAGCUUCAUUUUUGGUAUUCUACUUCUCAUCCGGCAUGUUCAGAAUGGAAUACUAGCUUACUUCUUACUGUGUGGUAUAAACUAAACAUCAGUGCUCAUUAUUCAGAAAUAUUUGACCACUGAAUUCAACUAACCAAUUAAUCAAUUUUUCCGAGGGCUUCAUUAUUGUAACAUGGCAUUACCUCAUCACAACAUGUCACUACGAUUAAGGAAAUAAAUAUGAUUAAUUUGCAUUCAGCUUUGAGUUAAAAUGUCACAUUUUGGCAGUCCAAUAAAACAAUGACUCAAAUGCAGAAAGUGGAGUGCAUUGCAUUGAGGCAUACAGUGUUUCAGUAUGCUUUUUUUGUAUAAUGCACAUUUUGGUGUCAGGACAUACAGAAAAUGUGCAUACUAUGCACAGGACACAUACUAGCUAUAUACUGCAGAAAUAGUAAGUUCAGUAGUACAUCUUGCUAUUUUGAACAUUGCCUGAACAUUAAUGGUUCACACAUGUCCAUUAUCAUCACAUUAAAAUAAUGCUUGUGUGAUAAUAAUGGGUGCAUUGAAGCCAAUACGAAUGUUCAUAUUACAUAACACUUUAGUAUUUACGUUUUACGUCCAUUGUGCUAGAAAUGCCAUGUCAUCCUGGUACAUAUCUAGAGGACAGGGUUGGAGGAGAGCUCACAUCGAUAUCUGUGAGAAAAGCACUGCAGUAGGCAUUUCAAUUCCUAUGAGAGCUUAACCCACACUGAUGCUUGGCACGGCAUGCCAUCUGUCACAGGCUUUUUUUGUACUGUACAGCAGUCAACAACCUGGACACAAACUGUUUUUAGUGCUAGCACAUUUUUCAGUGCCUCUACAUACAGGCUCUUUAGAUAAUUAAUGCAUGAUAACUUGAACAACACAUUUAUAUAUUCAAAUUUGUUAUGCAAGCAAGUCUGAUAUUGCAGCUUAAUUAUUAGUUGUUUUAUAUAACAGAGUGAAAAGCAAAGUUUCUGUGCAAUAACUGACUGUUAUCUGGUUUGUCUCUUCUGACGCAGGUUUGAGAGUGGAGAAGAUGAUGAUGUUGACAUCUGUGGCCUGAUUCAGUAAAAAAAAAAACAAGAGACUGCAAAUUUCACUUUGAUCAUGGAUCCUUAUUCCCUUUCUGGCAGUGACUCAGCUAGGCAUGAUGUAAUUGGAAGGUUUAAUAAACACUAAAGCCAUUUUACUUCCAGCAUAUCCAGAUGGCAUAUCAACACCAAUUUUAAUAUCAUAAAAAGCCCAAAGAAACAAUUUCAUUAGUACAAUUUCAUAUUGUAUUAUGGGUUAAAUGUAAGGGCUUUUUAAAUGGAAGCAGAAUCGAGUUGAAUAAUAACCAAGCUAAUAAUAUCAGUUUCAUGAAGAUGGACAAAAAAAAAAAGGAUUCUGAAUGUAAUUCAUAACAAAGCUUUUUAGGGCUAGUGACAAAGCAAGUGUUAA